CCACACAUCCAUCAUUCUUGUGCGACGGGGCGUGAUUGUUUGUAAAGCGAAGUGCCUGAGACCGGGUUUUGGUGUAGGGAUGUGCACGGGAUCUGUAACUAUCAAGAACGAGAGUGGUCUGUACAUACUUGGCAUGUCCACUGGCAAAAUGAGUUUGAUGGGGCAACGCGAAACGCAUCUUUUUAUGACGCAGGAAACUCGGCCAUUUUGGAUAACCGCUUUCACGUGAAUGCUUCUGUAACACAUUUCUAAGCACACUACACCCUCUGUAACCCCAUCGUACAUUACUCUUCCGAAUCCAAACUUGACAUUAAAUUUGCGGUGAAACGAUUUAUUUUUGCGAUACUGAUGGAAAUGGUCCAUUUUAUCUUAUUACUUUCUUCUUUCUCAUGCGAAAAGCAUCGAUAAUAACUGAACGUCGCGAACGCCAGAAUACACCAGCCUUCAACCCGCCCCUCGGUGGCUGCACGAAGGUAUCGUAGUCGAAAUCGAAGUUGUCCUUGGUAUCAUCAAUGAGGGCGCUGUAUGUGAGAGCUACUACACCCAGGGAGUCGUUUAAUGCGCGUAGUACGUGUGCUGAAUGUUUGGGGCCACGACCAUCACUCGGCUCAUUGCCGCGAGUCAUUAUAACAUCAAAUUUGUAUGGAAAUGAGUUUUGAAUAAACCAUUUUGUAGUGGCAUGGGUCCACAACACCGAGUAGUCAAAAUAUUUCGAUACUGCGUGUAGUAUUCCGGGUAUCUCCUUAAAUAGAAUUUGCCCCUUUUCGUUCACCAGGGUAUCAUCAUAAUCCCAAACCACUACUGAGGACGCACGAGGACUUCGAAAUCUUCGUUGAAUGAUGGUUUUUAAACUUUCUACGAAAAUGUUCGGAUCAUCUAUCCUUAUGGAAUCGACAGUUUGAUCAGAUAGUUCCUGUGGUACAGAUGUACCGAUCCCUAUUGAAAUUGAGUAAUGCGACCAAAAGGAACGAGCACCCAAAUCUUCCAAGUUUUGAUAUCUCUUACACUCUAGGCCCAACGCUUUCACUGCUACAAUUACGGUUGUAACCCAAUUGGGUGGAGUUUGUGGAGCGGUGACGUACAAGCAGGUUCCUCUAGCCAUGUCCCUUUCGUUUUGGUUGGGAUUUUUGACAUGUGUAAUAGUUACUGUAUUGACUUGUUAUUACGCAUUAAUGUCAUUGAAUAAAGCGCAAGUCUAUGCAUCAAAAUUAUCACAGAUGGCAAGCACAGCGCCGCGAACCGAUACAGCUCUCAGACCAUUCUCAUUCGACAUAAAGUUCGAUCCCUUUCCCAGUAACAUUGUAAUUACCAAUCCCUACCAAUGCACGGAAACCGAUUUGAAACCAUGCAAACUUGACGACGCAUUAUCUUGCGCCGGUUGUCAAAAUCUGAUUGCUCGGUGCACGCAUUUUGAAACAGAUGCUAAAAUUGUCGUAGACGGUGAAGUGGUGGGCACUGUUCCAAAAAACGAUACACUCAACGACGGGUAUUGUUUGGCGACUACAAGCGUCGUGGACUCGUGCAACCCGUUCCACGGCGACCUCGCCAUAGCGAAGGCCAACAAAGAAACGGAAUUGAGCCAAUUAAUUUGCAUCUGUAAGAAUCCAGGAGCUAUAGGAAAUACGACUCUUCUGGGAAACUGCUCCACGCCGUUCGUGUGCGACGGUAAAGUUGAAGAUAUAAAUGUGCCGCUUUCUCAGAUCAAAUGCGUUUGCGGAAGCGGUAGGGUGGCGGCCACCGCCGAGGUAUCCCAACUUCCAAUCUGCCAGAGAGAUUCCGUACAAACUCACGAUUAUACAAAUCACCAAUAUCCCUCUGAUGAUUUCGUGGACAUUGACAGGUUCAAUGCCGACGUGCGGGCCAACGUGAGCGCUUCCAAAUUGCGGAAUCCAUGCACCACAUGUCUAAUUUCUGGUAAGAGAGUUGACGGAGAAUUGGUGGCACGUUCGGAUGGGGGAUAUCAAUGCCGAUGUACUUCGCCGUCUUGCUUACCCAUUCGACGAUCGCCUGAUGCCCGACUUUUACGCGGUGACAUCGGCCCCGAUGCCGUAAUAAAUCUCAAAUGGAAAGUAAUCAAGAUGUUACCUCACAUGAGUUCGUCCGAUUGGCGAGAAUUAACUGCAGUUAUACUAAAGACCGACAAUGCCGAAUUGUUCGAAACGAUGGGGUUGACAGAAGACGCUUACGAAAUGAAUUUGACCAAAAAUCAAACAAUGUGGCCUAGAAUGUAUUCAAAUGAUUUUCACGUCCGAUAUACCAGCGGUGUGUGGUGUGAAGGUGCCACGUUCACUUACAACUGUUAUGUUUCUCCAAACCUCGAUCACGACUUGCCUAUGACGAACGGAUAUUCGGUUCCCAACUUUUGGAUCAAUCGAUUGCUCGGCAAUUACAAAUUAAGAUAUCUCGAAUAUGGUUAUUGGUGGGUUGCCAUCGGGUCAGGUAAUGUAAAUUGGAAUCACGCCAGAGACGUUCGUAACGCAGUAACUUUGAAUAAUCUUGACGUCGACCCAUUUGAAUUUCACCCAAGGCUUUGGGAUUCCAACGUCAUAAAUAACAAUUUAAGAUUCUUAUACUCGGCAUUCAUUUUAAUCAAUUCUGAUGGAGAGAAUCCCACUUCUAGCCAUUUAAACAACACCACAGUGUAUGCGCAAAAUGACAAUGAUUAUACUAGUUGGAAAAGCGCUUCACUUAAGCUUAAUCCUUAAUAAACACACGAACGCGCGAAAUGUAACAUGUACGAACGCAAAUUCACGAAUUUGCGAUUUUACAUGAUGUACGAACGCAAAUUCACGAAUUUGCGAUUUUACAUGAUGUACGAACGCAAAUUCACGAAUUUGCGAUUGUGCACGGUGCACGAACGCAAACUGCGCUCACCGCAUUGCGUUGUGCUAUACACAACUACCUUCCUCAAGAGCCGAAGAUUAAUGCGGUGGGAAAAGGAGAUGAUGAAGAAGGAUCUGAAAUGAAUCCCGAAAUCGUUCUGGUGUGGGCUGUGAUUGUGGCAAAUUUGCUGGUAAUAUUCUCUGUUUUAGUUCAAACGUACCAAACUCGAAGUAAUUGGAGUGGAAACGCCAUAAAUAACGCUUCUUAUUACUCUAGAUUCGCGCCUUGUUAUUUCGAAGUUUAUGACAAAAGUAUCGAUGCCAAAUGCGACCGUUUGAUAAACGUUCGGCCGUUCGGUUGGUGGAUAUGGGCCAAGAGCGGCAUGGUGAUAGUUUUAAACGAAUCUACAGAGGCGUGUCCCGUAGGCUUUACACCAGCAGUCUUAGUGCCAAAGUCAAACCCCGGAAAUAAGACGAAUGCAUUUCGAGCAACCUGCGUUAAUAUGACUCUAACAGAUAUUUUAGAUUCAUACCGCGAUGUUAAAGCUGUCAAGGUACAAUAUAACAUAGAAGAUCUACAAUCUCAAACUGGUAAAUUCACGAUACUGGACGCGUUGAAUUUUCUAUUCCAACACUAUAUUACCCAAGAUAGCGAAUCGGACGUCGAAGAACUUCGACUUGAUACAGAUCCAAACCACGCAAUACGCCUCGUGAACCAAUGUGGAGCCGCCAACUCGAAUCCGCUACUUGCACGAAAUUUCCAUAAAGGAAUUGAUUACGCACUACCACCGUCCGUACUGCGAUCCUUGAUAGCUUCUACGACAAAAGCUCUCCGAAAAUAAUGGAAUCAAGUAAUUGGUGUCUUACGGUCUACGACCCAUCAGGCCCUCACCCUUGUCCAAUAUUCAGAAGCACAUAUCAGUCGGCUGGCGUUGACAUCGGGGCAUGCGUGACCAUCAAUUGUGGAAAGGACAGAGUUCAUCUCGUACCGACCAACCUGAAAAUAAUAGGACUCGAUAAAAAUCAAGCUGCCAUGAUUUUUCCCAAAAGUUCCGGUGUAGACGAAUUCGAUAUUAUAACCGGCGUUAUAGAUGCAGACUACGAUGGUGCCAUCUCAAUACGGAUACGAGCCUACAAAGACGUGACGAUCAAAGCCGGAAUCCCCAUUGCCCAAAUUGUCGUCCUCAACUACGAUAACCCCUACGUGGGACUUUUGAAGAGAGGAAAGCGUGGAUUGGGACAAGCAACAGCAAAUGUUCUCGCUAGCGGAAUACAAUAAUGUAUAAAAUAUACCAACCAUCUAUUUUAUGAAGAACACACAAAGAUGUGGCCGUGUGACAAAUUUUUGUUUUGGGCCUUUGCCUUCUAUCUCUUGAUUUCAACCUCCGUUACAAUUACAUCGAUGGUGUUGCAAGAUCAAGAUUUUGUUAGAAUAAUGGUAAUUGUCAGCGGUGUGACCAUCAACUUGGGAACACUUAUCCAGGUGGUAACAAUGUGGCUCAAAAGAGACAUCAACCUGUCACAUCUUUAUAUUACGGGCUUGGUUAUCGGAUGUUGUCAACUUCUCUCUCUUCAAGUCUUUAUUCUGGUAAAUUCUCCUGAUGGAGACACAAUGACCAGCACCGUAAUUUCCACAGCGUGUAGUCUUGCGUGCGCAGCAUUGCUGUUAUUGACGUUAACAUGUCAAAGACGAAAGGGAAGAAAAGAAAAAUGUCUCAUUUUCGUGGAGGGAACGAGUGGUAUAGGCAAGACGACGGUAUCCGAUGCCAGCAUAGACUUCACCAGAAUGUGUCAAAUAUUCCCCGCGUAUAAAGACAAGGAAUCCAGUACGGCGUUUGCCAGCGCAUAUACUCUAGAUACGAUGCUACUACUAAUCGAAUACGCCGUUAAAUUAGGCAAAAGAUCACAUCAUGUUGUCAUGGACAGAAGUCCGCUGUCUCAAAUCUUGUACGGGCUAUUAUUUUCUUGUGAUGGUGGAAAUGCGAGCCCCGGAAAAUUCAUGGCUGACUUCACCGAAAAAUUCGAUGUACUCGCACCUCGUCUGAUAAAGGUCUACAAAAAUAUGAUAAGCUCAUUCAAUGAACUAGGAUACGACUCUGUCCGCAUCGUGUGGGCAAUUGCUGCUGAUGUUGAAAACACGGUGCGCGUGUUAACCAAGCGCAACGGAUUUGAAGUAGGUCUGAACUGCCGCAACUAUGUAAUUAAUCAGAAUUACGCUUUUAAGAAAAUGGCACAUCUCUUAGAUAAUGAGUUACUUCAAUGCCACACGUUUAUAACAAGACGUCAACUAUUUAGACGCGAACUUUUAAGUGAUAUAUUAAAUGGUGAUGUAUUUUGAAGAUCAAAGAUGGAUACAGUUUUUCUCUCAACUCGUGAGUUUGAAGAUCAAAGAUGGCUACAGUUUUCUCUAAUUUUU